AUGGGUUUGCGUGGGGACACUGAUGAAGUCGAAUGGGUUUGCGUGGGGACACUGAUGAAGUCGAAUGGGCUUGCGCUGGUGGGCAAUCGAGACAAUCGGAGUAGUUGUACUCCUCUCACUCCGAUCGCCACCAUAACGAUGGUGGCGGAGCAUAGUAAUCCAAUUCGCCUCCUACAUAGGAGUUGUAGUAGUGUGGAUGGGUUCGAUUUGGGCGUAAUAGGAAAGCGGGAGUGGUGGUGGCUUGUUUUAGCCGUAAUAGGAAGGUGUUUUGUUGUAUCAACCUCACCAUCUCAGAAACUGCAUUUCCUUCAAAACUACUCACUAUCUUCAUCAUCCUCGACACUCAAAUCCACAUCUACCACUUCAAAUCAACACUCAUUCACGGUCGAUUACCUGGUUAAAUCAUGUGGGCUUCCUCCAGAAAAGGCUCUCUCGGCCUCCAACUACAUCACCAUCAAAACCCCAGACAAACCAGACUCCGUUCUCGCAUUCUUCAGCAACCAUGGAUUCACUGAAAUCCAGAUCACACUUCUCAUCAGAAGAUUACCUCAGGUACUCAUGUCCAAUCCCGAGAAUACCUUUUUGCCCAAAAUCGAAUUUUUCCAAUCUAAAGGUGUUUCAACCCAAGACACUGCCAAAAUACUGUCUACAACACCAGCUGUUUUGAGAAGAAGUUUGGAAAACCAAAUCAUCCCAUCCUACAAUUUCUUCAAGGAAUUCCUCAAGUCCGAAGAAAAAACGAAUGCUACUAUUAAACGCUGUGCUGUGCUUUUGUUGUUGGAUCUUCACACAUCUGUAGCACCCAAUAUUGAAGCUCUGAGAGAAAUAGGUAUGCCCGAAUCGAUUAUUGUGAAUUUCUUAACAAAUCAACCUCACGCUUUCACGCCUAAUGCUGAUAGGUUUAAGGAGAUUUUGGAAGAAGUAAAGAAAAUGGGUUUUAACCCUACAAAAGUGAUGUUUGGUUUAGCAAUUCAUGCACUGAGGGCAAUGACUAAAUCAACUUGGGAAAAGAAGGUGGAGGUUUAUAAGAAGUGGGGUUUGUCUGAGGAUCAGAUUUUGGUGGCUUUUGGGAAGCAACCAUGGUUUAUGAUUGUAUCAGUGGAGAAGAUUAUGGGGAUAAUGGAUUUUUUUGUCAAUAAAAUGGGUUGGGAGUCUUCGAUUGUUGUGAGGUAUCCAGGGCUUAUUCUUCUGAGCUUGGAGAGGAGGAUCAUUCCACGGUGUUUGGUUUAUCAGAUUCUGUUGUCCAAAGGUUUGCUUCAGAAUAAAUUUAGCUUGUAUGGGAUGUUGUCGUCUUCUGAAAGUCAAUUCCUAAACAAGUUUGUGGAAAAAUAUGAGGAAGAAGCUCCUGAGCUUUUGAAGUUAUAUCAGGAGAAGUUGAAUCUUUCAAAGUAA